CUGAUGCUCCGGCGCCUUAAGCCCGCCUCUUUUGGCGCAGGCUCCGUCAAUCCUCCCCGGUGUUCCCAAGCGCCGGCUUUCAGAGAAGUGCAUCUCCUAAUCAGGUCACAUUUCAGAGGGGAUCCGAGCAUCCGUCUCUUGCCCUAAAGUCAGGCGAUCGGAGCCGGGGAGAGGGACUGAGAGAGAGAGAGGACGAAGAAGACCAAGAAUAAUUACUUGGCCACACGGGAGAGAAGAAGAAGGAGACAAGCGCAAGCUCCCGUCCCCAAGAAGGGAGGCAUUUAAAAAAGAAGAAAGAAAGGAGGGGAGGGAAAGAUGAGAGCCCGAGGCUGCUGUCUGGUGCCGCUGCUGCUUGCCCUGGCUUUGGCAGAAGGGGACGGCAAAGCCGGGAAAGAAGGCGAGAAUCCCGGCAAUUUCAUGGAGGACGAGCAAUGGCUGUCGUCCAUCUCCCAGUACAGCGGCAAGAUCAAACACUGGAACCGCUUCCGAGACGAGGUGGAGGAUGACUACAUCAAGAGCUGGGAAGACAAUCAGCCAGUUGAUGAAGGUUUGGACACCACCAAGGAUCCCUGCCAGAAAGUUAAAUGCAGCCGCCACAAGGUCUGCAUCGCCCAGGGCUACCAGCGGGCCAUGUGUAUUAGCCGCAAAAAGCUUGAGCACAGAAUCAAGCAGCCUGCCCUGAAACUCCAUGGAAACAAGGAGAGCUUGUGCAAGCCAUGUCACAUGACCCAGCUGGCAUCUGUCUGUGGCUCUGAUGGACAUACUUACAGCUCUGUGUGUAAACUGGAGCAGCAAGCCUGCCUGACCAGCAAGCAGCUGACAGUCAAGUGUGAGGGACAGUGUCCCUGUGCCCAGGGCCCAACCUCAGCCACUGACAGCAAACAAGAAACAUGUACUGGACAAGACUUGGCAGAUCUGGGGGAUCGUCUGCGUGACUGGUUCCAGCUCCUGCAUGAGAACGCCAAGCAGAACAGCUCUGGAAGUCCUGGGACCAAUCCAGUGAAUGUGCUGGACAAAAGCCUGGUGGCCAGUUGCAAAGACUCCAUUGGUUGGAUGUUUUCCAAGCUGGACACCAACAGCGACCUUUUCCUGGACCAGACGGAGUUAGCGGCCAUCAACCUGGACAAGUAUGAAAUCUGCAUCCGGCCUUUCUUCAAUUCCUGCGACACCUACAAGGACGGCCGUGUCUCCACCGCAGAGUGGUGCUUCUGCUUCUGGAGAGAGAAGCCUCCCUGCCUUGUGGAACUGGAAAGGAUUCAGAUCCAAGAAGCUGCCAAAAAGAAGCCCGGAGUUUUCAUUCCCAGCUGUGACGAGGACGGCUACUAUCGCAAGAUGCAGUGUGACCCAAGCAGUGGAGAGUGUUGGUGUGUUGACCAUCUUGGUAUGGAACUGACAGGAACAAGGAUGCAUGGGAAUCCAGAUUGUGAUGACAUUGUUGGAUUCUCAGGGGACUUUGGGAGCGGUGUCGGAUGGGAAGACGAGGAAGAGAAAGAGACCGAGGAAGCUGGCGAGGAGGCUGAAGAGGAGGAGGGAGAGGCAGAUGAUGGAGGCUACAUCUGGUAGAAGCAGCUAUCACAAGCACAGUUUGGUCGGGAUGCUGGCUGUAGGGCUGGGAGACAGCAGACAAAACUCACAGGAGAGGAACAGCUUAACAAGAUGAUCAGGAAACACAGUUGAAUGUAACUAACUAUGGCAGAAAUUGUGUGAGUGUGUAUGUGUGCGAGAGUGAGUACGUAUGCGUGCCUGCCUGGGUGAGUCUGUUCUCUUUAACUAUGGUCGUGGAGGUGAUCUGUUUUCUUCUAUCUCACAGAAGUCAAUGCUGUUAUCAAGAAACUGGGCGGGGGAGGGUGAGUGCUUUGCACUAUAGGUUCAAGGAGGUCUUUUUUAAAAUAAUAAUAUCAAUAAUAAUGGUUUAGUAAUUUAAUAGUAAUUUAAUUUUUACUUUCUGGAUUGUCAGUAACCCAUUUCAACUCCAAAUCAGGCUUGUUAAGGUAUAAGAAAUAUGUUUGCCUGUCCCCUGGAUAUCUCUAGCUGUGAUUAUCUAGCAAUAUCCUGCAGUUGUGGAUGCGUUGUUAUACCCAGAUGCACCAGAUCACUGCCGGCAUUUUGCAGGCAUACUCUGCAAAUGGGCAGGAGAUCAACCCAGCAUGCUGGAGUCUUUGUUGCAGUAGAGAAGGAGCAAUCACCAGGAUAUGAUGGACAGGCCGAGGGAUUAGGAGCAGCCCCUACUCCUUCCUCUGAAUGUCACAUCAAGGACCGUAUUGCCCAGGGCUAAGCAGCAUAUUUGCUGGUUCUAACAUGAUGCUAUCGUAUCAAGGAUUUUUCCAGUGCGGAGAAGGAACUCUAAGAUCCUUUCUUCUGGCACGUUCCUCUGGAAAUCAUUGUACCAAGUUAAUAGCUGACUUGUUACCAUUUCUGGCAGUCUUGUUUGUGGCUGUUGUUUAGAGAGUCCUAGACAGAGGAUUUCCAAACUUGCCUUCGUUUUAUCUCUUUGCUUCCCAUUUAAUUGGCAUACCAGCUAGGACGGUGGAAUGGGAAGCUUCCUGAUCAUCUCUGGAUGCCCAAACAGAAGAUGUUUGGACAUGGAAAUGAUGGAGAAUGCUACUGAAGGGAAAGACUAAAGAGAUUAAAAUGUUUUGGGAAGACAAAUCAGAAAGGCAGAAAAGGUGACUCAAAGCAGAAAGCAGCCCCAGCUGGAAAUCAUACCCCAUUAGGAAGGAUAAACCAGUCACUUUGGAGUUUUUACCAUUUGUUUCACUGUUGGCUGGUUCAUUUCUCAAGAGGCAUGGUGCUUUCUUCCUGUGUUGUUUUCCAAGUGGGUGGAGUUUCCUGCUUUUCUUCUCAAUUGGGCUAAAGCACCAUGACAAAUUGUGAUUCUCUUAUUAGAAGAGAAGGUCUCCACUUCCACAUAUUUACAGACUCUCAGUGCUUUGUAGGCAUGCUUUGCAGCCAGGUCUGCCCUUCUGUGACAUAAACAAAGGAUAUGUGGGUUUGUGUGUGCGUGUGUGUGUGUGUGCAUGGGUGUGCGUGGAGAAUGGGGAACAGCCAGCUUGGCUUACAUUGAGCAUUCCAUAGCUUAUGCAAAACUGAGCUUCCAGUAGAGCCAUGUAGACUUGAUGUGCUUCAGCAUAUCCUUCAAAUAUACGGAAUAACCAUGGGAUUUUUAAAUGAGCUAACCUCCCAGUCAGCCUAGUUACUUACUUGCAGUGGUCCCAUAACAGAGAAUUCUGUUGUAGCCCAGCUGUGACAAUAAAACGCACCUUGAUGUGUUGA